CCAUUCAAUGCACGUGAAGAAACAUGGUGGAUGCUAUUGACAGUCAAACUCGCAGUCAAACUUCUAUUGAGAGCUCUGAUCAUGCUGGAGCUGAGGCCAAAGGCUUAUCUCAGAAAGAAAAAUAUCACGAGAUAUUUUAUAGCUAUGGAAUGGAGUGUGCAAUACACCAGGGGGAGAAGCUAAAAGGAGUUCUUAAGACUAUUCCUGCCGAUUUCAUUGUCACUGAAAUUGAUAAAAACGGAGAGCUAGUAACAAUAAACAAAGACUGUCCUAUACUGGAUCCACCCGUUGACAACCAAACUUUAAACAAACAAGUGUCUCCUGAGCCCCCUCCUCCUCCAGUAGAAGAAGAUACUGAUGAUGAUGAUGAAGAUGAUGAUUUUAAUCCACUGGCAGAGAAGCAGAUGUUAGAGUUAAGUGAUCUAUCAAGAAAGUUUGAGGAGAUGUCUGAUGCUCAGUCUUCAAUUUUAUUUGAAACAGUUGACUUAGGUUGUUAUGAUAACAAGAAGGUUCGUUCCCGUAUACACAAAUCAGUUAAAGAUAAUUUUCCUUUACUAAUAACACGGACUAUACACAAUGAUGAAGACAUACAGCAAAUCAUUGGAUCCCCUGAUGCUACCUACCCUAGACUACUACCUUUACUAGGAAAGGAAGAGGCUAUCAAGUUGCUCCGUUAUAUUAAGUCAUCAGAUCCUACUGAGAGGAAGUCUCAUUUCAUUCCUUGUGACCAUCUGUCAAAAGAGGAUAGGGGACAAAUUCAUCGGAUUAUUGAUGAGCUAUUUGGAUUAUUUCUAAUGACAAGAACAGUUGAUGUGUCCGUUGAAAGAAAAAGCAACAGAAAAAGACGAAAGAAUCAUGAAGAAUCCAUUAAUAGCAGCAAUAGCUGUGUUGAAUCUACAGCCAGUAGCAGUGGAUCAAAUGAUGCCCCAUUUAGUGUUAGUGGAUCCAGUAAUACUGCAGUCAGUAGCAGUGAAUCCAGUAAUAGUUUAUCCAGUAGCAGUGGAUCAAAUGAUGCCCCAUCUAAUAUUAGUAGAUCCAGUAAUACUUUAUUCAGUAGCAGUGGAUCCAGUACUACUGCAGUUAGUAGCAGUGGGUCUGAUAGUUUUAUUGAGCCUGGUUCUUCUGGUAAGCGUAUUUCGGUCAGUUUUAAGGCCAGGAUCAGAAAAUCCGCCAAACGAAGGAAGAUGGGCUGUCCUGUGAUUCACGAUCCAAACUAUUUUACUUCAUUUUCUCUGAAGAAGGAGAAUUUUGAAACAUUUUUGACGAUGACAAAGCUAGCAGACAUGCUGUCUGUGAAUCCUUCAAGAUUUGCCUUUGCUGGCAGCAAGGACAAGAAAGCUAUUACAUAUCAGAAAAUGACGGCGAAAAAUAUCAGCAUGGCCAAGUUAGCAGUUGUCAAUAUACCUGGUAUAGAGCUGGGCAGUUUUGAGUACGUACCAUGUCAUCUUAACCUUGGAGAGCAUCAAGGAAACCACUUUCAAAUAAGAGUACGGAACCUUGAGACUAUCACCACUAAUGGGAAGGACUCUCUUGAAGACAUUAUUGAAGUUGGCUGCAAGUCAUUGGAAGAGAAAGGAUUUAUAAAUUAUUUUGGCAUUCAACGUUUUGGACGUUUGAUUGAUGACCAUCCUUUAAUUGGACCAUUAGUUGGAUAUUACAUGAUACUUGAUGAUCCAUUGAAUGCAAUCAAGGUAAUGUUUUCACCAGAUCUAACUAUCAAUCUUGAAGCAAAGGAAGCUAAAGAGUAUUUCACUAGAACUGGUGACAUAGAUGGUACUAUUCAUCGUAUGCCUGAAAUCCCUAGAGAAUUGAUGGUACUUAGAAACUUAAGUAAAUACGGAAUGUCAAAAUUUGGCUGUCAGAAGUCACUCCUUAGCUUGCCUCACCAGUCAAGACGUUUGUAUAUUAGUUCGUUAACUUCUCUGCUGUGGAACCAAAUGGCCUCGUACAGGAUACGGGAGUAUGGGACUGAACCUGUGGAGGGAGAUUUGGUUCUCAUUGCAAAUCAAACGGUACAAGCAAUCACAUCGGAGCACAUCAGUUCACGUCAGUAUUCACUGAAAGAUAUUGUCCUUCCAGUCUGUGGGCAUAAAUCAGUUUUGCCUAACAACAGGGUUGGAGAUAGGUUGAAGGAACUAUUGGCUGCUCUUGGUAUCUCCCUUCUCUCAUUUCGCAGCUACCGCUACACUAAUCACCUCUGGGGUGCAUAUCGGAAGCUUAUCAGCUAUCCUCAUGAUUUAAGAUGGAGACUGACCAAAGCUCCUCCAUUUACUGCUUCCAUUCCUCCUGCACCAGGAGCUGCUGCAGCAUUGAAUGCCUCAGGGGGCCCGUUAGAAGAGGCUGGAUCUGGUGGUCCACCUCAAAGUGAUGUACCACCUGAGGACUCAAUGCCUUGCUUAGAGUUAGAGUUUGAUCUAGAUCCAGGGACUUAUGUGACUACCAUGAUGAAUGAGAUUUUGUCAUUUGAUCCAUAAAUUAUCAACUAUGAUACAUACAAAUGGAUUUAUAUUAUA